ACCAAGAUGGCGGACAGCGUUCAUUUGAUAAAAACUGGAGCAAAACAGACUAAAGAUAAAAAUGUUACCAAAGAAGAACAAGAGGCACUGCACAUCCAAGUAGAAGAACUAACGAGACUGAACGCCGCCCUGCUGGCAGAGAACGGCAUGUACGAGCAGUUCAUCAGCCGCUUAGAUCCUCACGAGCUGCUCUCAGCCGAGGAGCAGAAAACAAAGCGCGGGGGGCACAGGUGGAGACAGAAAUCACAACCUGAGCUGCAGCUGACUUUACCGCAAAAAUGUUACGUGGCACAAAGUGAAGUUAUGGAAGCACAAAACGAGCAAGAGAAGAUGAGACACAAGUAUGAAAAAAUACACGACCACUUCCGGGAUUCGAUGAAAGAGGCUGAAAUCCGUUUGGAGGACAUCAGGAAGGAGAAGGCCGAUUUUGAACGCAGGCUUCUCAAACCUCUGAAGGAAAAGAGGCUGGAUAUAUACAAGCCGGAAAAGGUGCUGCGCUACAUCACAGACAAGUCCAAGCUGAACCAGAUGGAGAAGUGCAGUCUGAAGACCCAGGCCAUGCGAGUGAAGGAGAAGAAGCUCCAGCAGCAGCUCCAACAGAGGAAAGACCUGGGGAAGGCUGACUAUGAGAUUAAUUAGAUUAAUUAAUCUGAGUUUUUUCAAGACUUUAAUGAGGAGCACCAUGACCUCAAUCUGGAUGAAGUUCGUGUCAACAAUAUAAAAACACAGCACAUACUUAAUUCUUACAAGUACAAACUGCAAAUGGCCACGAGUGAAUUAUCAAAUCUGCACAGAGAGAUCACAGAGAAGGAGCAGAAAGUGGCGAGACUGGAGGAGACUAUACGUCACGCGGAAGAAGAAAAUUUAAAAGCACAACUUCUUAAUGAGCACCUGCAGAGCCAGAUCGCAGACUACAAGGCCCCUGAUAGCAAUGAGUACAUGCUGAUAAAGGAAAAACACAGGAAACUCCAACACACCGUCCUCACAUGGGAGCGGAAAGCUGGGGUUGCUGAGAUGGCCUUGAAAAGCUACAGGAAGUCAUGGAUGAAACAAAGAGCCACUUUUACCCCGGUGAACAGCGCAGAGACCAGAGCGUGGAGCGGAGGACACCGGUUCUCUGUAAAACUUCCAGACAUAACAGAACAUGAGAUUACAGUGAAUAAAUAUUUCAAUGUCUGA